GUUUGCAAUAUUGGUGUUUGGACUAUUAGAUAUUCCCUAUUCCUAGAUUCAAAUCAAGCAAGGAACACUGGAUUACAUCUUCAGUUUGCGAUCUGGACUAUCCGCAUUGCUUCACUAUUUAUUCUUGCCAUUAUGUAUUCCGUCUUUACUCCUAUUCUUUUCCCUGUACUUGUCCUUAAUCUCAUCGACUAUGCAGGCGCAGGCGCUGUUUUCAUCUUCAUGUAUGGUGGGAAAAUAACACAGUUUCAAGCGACCCUCCAAGUAUCCUCCCCGCCAACGGCGCUACAAGGCCAUGGCCCAGACUGGAAAAUUCAAGCAACAUGGGCAGGUAUGCAACCAACAGAUCAAAGUUGUGUUCUGCAAAAUGUUGUGGGGAAUGCGGGGAAUGAAUUGGGGAGUUGGAGUCAUAUACCUAGUUUUUAUGACGGGGCGACGAAACCUAGUUGGACAGAGAUGUAUUUUGAGGAGAGUCAGCCAAAGGUAUAUCCGGGCGAUAAAAUAACAAGUCUCUGGGUGCUUGAUGAAAUCUCCAAUAAUUGGCUCGAUACGUGGUCUGUGAUGCCCGGUCGAGCCGGCGCAUCAAAAGGAGAAUUGCCAUAUGGUGGGAACUACACUUUCGAUGGCUCCAAAUUUGAACCCAAAGUCCCAGACAUGACAGAGGCUUUGCUAAUGAUUGAGCAUGUGGGAAUUGGCAAUGGCACCGAUCCUGGUUGGGGUUCCGGAGCGGUAACAUUCACAAAUAUUAUGAUUGAAUCGACGUCGACAAGGGAUUGGUGCAAUCAUGAGAAUCCGGAAACUUGGCAUCCACAAGAUGUUAAGAUUCUGGAUAUAUCCACACCUUUCAUUUCAACGGUUAGAAAUGGAAAGAAAACUUGUUAUAUUCCGUGGCUUGUGAUUGAUUCGGAUUAAGGUCUUUGGAGUGGAGUUGAGAAAUUGGAGAGAAAUUUGCGGAGGGGAGCGAUAGAAAUUCAAGGUUCUAUCUGCCUUUGAUUAUUCCUACGCAGACUGCAGACCUCAAAGCCAUAACGUCUUGAACUUACACCAGCCUAGCUGAAAAAUACCCAUGCCUGCGAACUACAAGACUGUUGAGCUCUGAUAUGAUGAUUUGAAUACCAAUAUCCGUAGGAUUUCA